CUUCUCAUUCCACCAAAAUACCAAUCAACAAACUCAACACACCCCCAAAGAAAAAAAAAAUGGCAACAAGAACAGUAGGAGAAAAGCAAAACAAAGGAUCCAUGUAUGUAUACAACUUAGAUACUGGAAAUCCAAAGCCAAAGUCGAAGCCAGAAUCAGAUAUAUCGACCAUGUUAAAGAAAGGUAUAUCAAAAGGAUGGCCACUUAGAAGAUCGAAAACAUAUCGUGAAAAUCAUCAUCAAGGUGAGUCAAAAAAUAAUAAUAAUAACAAUAAUGUUGUUGUCAUGUCAACAACAAGAAAAUCAGUUUCAUCCAUUGAAGGAGUUGUUGUUGUUAAUAAUGUUAAGGAAGAAAUUGAAAUAUCAAAAAAUAAUAAUCCAAUUGUUGAAUAUUCAAGAAAGUCAGCUUCUUGUAUUGAGAGUAGUACAAGAAAAUCAGUGACAAAUGUUGAGUUAAAUGUGGCAUCAAUGGCAGCAAUUCUUCAAGUUAAAGUAUUGGUCACUGACAUGCCAGGAUUUAUGCAAGUUCAUGCUUUUAAAUGUGCAAGAAAUACUUAUGAUAGCUUGGAGAAAUUCAGCUCUAAACAUAUGGCUUAUAACAUAAAAAAGGAAUUUGACAAAGUAUAUGGGCCUGCCUGGCAUUGCAUAGUGGGCUCAAGUUUUGGGUCAUAUGUUACUCAUUCCACAGGGAUUAUCGGAGCUGCGGUGAGACCAUAACAGUCCAGCCAUAAAGCCAUGAAUACUAGGAGUCAAAAAUCAUAAGUUUGCUAUUUGUUUGGUCAGAUUCGAUUUGGUUUUGGGUUGUGAUUUGAGAAGACCAUUUCGGCGUUUCUCAUUUUUAGGGAUUUGAUUCGAGUUGGUGGAUUGUUGUUGAAGUUUGAUUCGAGAUUCUGGCACGGACUUCAUCUCGUUUAAUCAAAUAAUACUUGAUUGAAAGCGACAUUGAGGUCCAAUUCUUUCUUUUUUCCCUUUAAUUCUUAUGUGAUUGUGAACGUGAUUCGAUAUCACUAUU